UUCUUCAUGGAGGGAAGGAAGGAGGGUGGUGGAGCUUGGGGUUCUGGCCGAUGGAUUGUCUGGCUGUAAACAGUGUGGAUUGCCACUUCAGUUGUCUCACACCCAAGGAAUACGCGAUUGUGGCUUAGGUAGCUUUCUUCAGGAAUGAUUCAUGCUGGCAUUGGCCCAGCUCAAGUAAAUGACCUUUUAACAUCUAUAAAUAUCCCUGCUUUAAGUACGAAGACCAUCCAGAAUAGACAAACAGAGACAGGGCUGGCCAUUGAAAAAGUUGCUGAGGACACCAUCCAACAGGUCUUACAAGAUGAAAUCCUAGCAACAGUUGAAACUGAAAGAGCUGAAGAAUUAACGGUAAGCGUAGAUGCUGGAUGGCAGAAGAGGGGGAGUGGUCACUCAUUUGAUAGCUUUUCUGGACAUUGCUCAAUGAUUGGAGAACACACUGGGAAAGUAAUAGGGUAUGAAGUUCGUAGCAAGAUGUGCAGGAUAUGUGAGAGUGCUAAGAGGAAUGGGAAAGAAGCAAAGGAACAUGACUGUAGACAAAAUUGGCAAGGAAGUUCUAAAUCUAUGGAGCCAAGUAUGGUUAUCAGCAUGGUAGAGAAAAAACAGGACAAAGGAAUAAAGGUGUCCACUGUUAUAGCUGAUGAUGACACCACCACCAUUUCUCGCUUGAAACAAAGUGUAAACCCAAACAUUAAAAAAAAAAUGCGACAAGAACCACAUUAGAAAAAAAUUUUCCUCAAGUCUAUAUGCUUUGCAGAAAAAACACAAGUCCUUAACUACAAAGGUAAUCCACUACCUUCAAAAGUGCUUCAAUUAUCUACUAGCACAAAACCAGGGAAACCCAAGAGGAAUAGAAAAGGCACUUGAUGCCCUCUGUAAUCACCCUUUUGGAAACCAUGAGUCAUGCAGCGAUUCCUGAUGUCAGCAUGUUAACAAUCCGAAGCAAAGGUACUCUUCCUUGCCUUAUGGAAAGCCCUUAAAAGACUCGGACCUUCAAGAUUCACUACAUUCAAUAUGCAACCAAUGGAAGCAGAACAGCUGUAAGAUCUCCAGUCUGGGAAGCACCCAACCAAAUGAGUCCUUCAAUAGGACUGUGUCACUGAAAGCUCCGAAAAACCACUACUUUAGCGGCUCAGCUAGCUUAAACUACAGAGUAGCAGCAUCUGUAGCAGAAAAAAAACUCUGGAGCAUCUUAUCUUGUUGCUGU